AUGGGUGGGGCAUUGGUAUGAUGGGGGUAUGAUGGAAACAACGAGGAGUCCUCCGCAUCAGAAUCUGGCGAUGAUGAAGCUCAGAACUCUCUAGGGCUUCCGCUGAUGAUGAGGAGAAGCGCAAAUUGCAGAUGAAUGGCGAUUGCGUUGAAGUGGCUGUGAAUUCAAUUUGAGAAGGGGAAGAAUAUAUACGUGUGGGGAUGGAUGGAUGGAUGGAUGGAUGCUGCAUGUGAAUGCGAGACCCCAUGGGGGGUGGGGCACGAAGCACAUGGGAGGGAGUAACUGGUUUACCCUCGCUUGUCUUGCAGUCGCUUGUCUUGGCUGUCGCGUCCCCCCAUCUCGCUCGCGCGUCUCAUCACGCGGCCACCCCGCAUUCACGAGUACUUCUUCUCACUCUUCCCACGCUCCGCCCUUCUCCGCCCAACUGGGAACUGAGACCUGGGAACUGAGACAGUCCAACCCCCCCCCACUCUUCCUCACCAGCAACAACGUUAACCCGCCCUCAGCCCCCUCAGCGUCUUCCUCGCUCUGUGUGUGUAUACGCUGGGUCGGGCCUGCUGCGAGGACGUCUGUUGAUCCGGAAAGACACGCGCCCUCCGUUCGUUCGCUUCCGUCCGUGAUUUCCAACAAGACAGGCAUCUUGUUGGGGGCCACAAGCCAGUCGGGCAUCGCGUAACCACCUCAACCGCAUCCCAACCACAACCCAAACCCCCCCACAACAUCCAUCAUGCCCUUCUCAAAACCCCUCCCCGAGUCAAUCAGCACCUUCCUCGAAAAAGCCACC